AAUCCCACUUUCCAAUAUCGUUGGAGUAUUUUGUUAAGUACUAAUUUGGAUGCUUGAGCACCGUUAGCAGUAGAUUAAAGUGAUUCUCAUUAUGGGUAGUUGGCACUUGGCAUUAUUGUUCUCCAAGUGCAUUUAUGGCAUAGAGCAGAGUCGGCACCUAAUAAACUGAUGUCACAUCUACCCUUUACAAACAAACAACGAACAAUGGCGGUGCUUGGAAUCUCCCCUAUUGUUUGUUCCUUUUCUUUCUACAAAAUUUCUGAUUUCCAAACUCAAAAUUAUGUGUUUACCGUGCCUUCCAUUCGGAGGAGAUGGAAUUGUGUAGCCAAUGACUUGCCCCGCUCUUCUUCUCCAAUGCAGCUCCCCAUUUUAUCAUCUAAGGAGUUGCUGGAGCGGUUGUUAAAUAAGCAGGACUUGAAUGAAGCAGAAGCAGAGGCAUCGCUGGAUUUCUUGCUAAAAGAUGGCAGUGAAGCUCUCAUUAGCGCUUUUCUUGUUCUCUUAAGAGCCAAAGGCGAAACCUCUCAAGAAGUUGUAGGACUGGCAAGAUCGAUGAUCAAAUGUUGCAGAAAGGUCGAAGGGUUAAGUGACUCUGUGGACAUAGUUGGAACAGGGGGAGAUGGGGCCAAUACGGUGAAUAUUUCAACGGGAGCAGCUAUUCUAGCUGCAGCUUGUGGUGCUAAAGUUGCUAAGCAAGGGAAUAGGUCGAGUUCUUCUACUUGUGGAAGUGCUGAUGUUUUGGAAGCCCUUGGAGUCACCAUUGAGUUAAAGCCUCAGCGGGUGAAGAAAUGCGUGGAAGAAGUUGGGAUAGCUUUCAUGAUGUCCCCAUACUACCAUCCAGCAAUGAGGAUAGUCACACCUGUGAGGAAGAAGCUGCGAGUGAACACUAUAUUUAAUAUCCUAGGUCCUUUGCUCAACCCUGCUUGGGUACCUUUUGCUGUUGUUGGAGUAUACAAACAAGAUUUAGUAAGCAAGAUGGCCAAAGCACUACAAAGUUAUGGCAUGAAGAGAGCGUUAGUUGUUCAUUCUGAAGGUUUAGACGAAAUGAGUCCUCUUGGACCUGGAAAGUUACUUGAUGUUACACCUGAAAAGAUAGAGAACUUCUCUUUUGACCCACUCGAUUUUGGUAUACCUCGCUGCACUUUAAGGGACCUGCAAGGGGGAGGGCCAGAGUAUAACGCUGAGGUACUAAGGAGUGUGCUUUCGGGUGAGAGGGGGCCAAUUGCAGAUGCAUUGAUACUGAAUGCUGCGGCGGCAUUAUUAGUCAGUGGGCGAGUUAGUAACUUAGCUGAAGGUGUAGCAGUAGCACGUAUCACACAUCAAUCAGGGAAAGCUCUCGAUACUCUUAAUCAUUGGAUCGAUGUUUCCGCUGUAAGUCAAAAUCAGAAUUUUGUUUUACAACUUAAAUUUUAGCAUGUAAUGGUUAUUCAUGUCAUUAUUCUGAUACUAUUGAAAUACAGAGGGUAAAAGAAUCAGUACAGAUGCUCAGCUAGAGGAUGUAAGGAUCAGCAUUCAGAAUCAUGCUCUCUUUUUGCUGAGUAGAGAACAAAGAGUGUAAAUUCGUUGGCAAUAUGUCUAUGCUGGUUCAAAUCCGAUCCCUUCCCCGCCCCCUCGAGAAUAGAACAAAAUUUUGAAACUUUCAGUAUUAAUUAGGAUUCUUCUUCCGCAUGCUCCGUCCAGUUUUAUUUCACUGCCUUUUCAUUGAAUUGCAUGGAUUGCAAACUGCUGAAUUCUGGACUGAUAUUUUAGAUUUUCAUUUUUGGGAUAUAUUAUCUUUAAUUUUAUUUUUUACAUUAAUGGUCU